AUGCACGAGAUCCUCCUAUUCGCCUCCGUCCCCGCGUCCCAGCACGACGAGCUGCUGCACCAGCUCGCAGGGUUGGCGGCCAUGCAGCCCACGGCCGUGCUGGAGCGCCGGCUGCUCUUCAGGGCCUUCCGCAAGCCGGGCUUCAUCAAGCCCCGCGUCGGCGGCAGCCAGGCGCAUGGCCAGGAGGCCCAGGUCGGCGACGUCCAGCGGCUCAGCAAGAUGCUGGGCUCUGGCAUGUACCAUCUCCAGGUCGUCAGCGACCUCGACAGAGACAGCAUAGGCGGCACCGCGGAGGACCAGGCGGAGUGGAGGGUCGAGUUCAAGGAUGUGCCUGACGCCGGAGCUGCGACUGGAGUGACCACGCGGUUCGCGGGCACCGCUCGGCUGCCGGACGACUACAUUUUCGUCCUGAACGAAUGGGGGUUCAACUACCACUCGGAAUACGUCGUGGAAGGCAACGUACUCGUCUUAGACGACGCCGUGCUCUUCCUCCACCGCAUACUGAUCAUCCCUCCAGAGCUGCAGAAGCCAUCACGGCCUGGACGGCCGCUCUCGGUUCUCCCGCCGUACGAUAAGCUCACUCCCCUCGACCCCAGUGGAGGAUACGUCCUGCAGGCCUGCUUCACGAUACAGGACAGCAGCAGUCCGGACCUGCUCAGGUCGACGUCCCAGCGCAUGUUGGCGUUGAAGGAACAGCUCCGGCCGGCCAUUCGACUAGAGCCAGCUGAUAGACUGGCCCUUGAUCCUAGAGUAAAGGCUGGCACGGUCUGA